UGUCUCGCAGGAUCCCUCUAGUUCCAUGAGACCUGCUUUUGGAUAACGGCUGGAAUCAAAUGUAAAGAAACAACACUGGAGUGAAAACAACUAACAACCAAGGGCGGAGACAACACAGACCACACGACGCAGGAGGCCUGGGGAAAUCAUUAACCGCACACAAACACAUACAAUAUGACUGGCUGGAUCCCACUCCACCCUCCGUGCCCUUGAGACUGACAUCCACCGCCAGCCCCGGCCCUAGUGCCUGCAGAUUUACACCAACAGGACCUCCAACAACCUUCCAUAUCCUGCAGUGUCACAGCAGCCUCGAAGGGGGGCGACUCCUUCUGGAGACCCCACUUCCUCCAGAAGCCCCAGGGACGGGACCAUGUUUCACUGACUGACCCCUCCCGACCGGCGAAUGACAAGUGUGCAUCCGAGGGUGGGGCUUGCCUCAGUCUCUCAUGAUUGGCUGCUGGAUGGAAUUAAGGUGAAUGGAACACGUUCCCGAGGAGCAGGACCCUAGCCCAUCAGAGGGAGAAGAGAAACGGUGGCUCAAUGGCCCGAAAAGGAAGAGGAAGAACAGCCAAUGUUCGGUGAAGAGUAUGACUGGGUACAUCCCCAGCUACCUCGAAAAGGAUGAGCCAUGUGUGGUGUGUGGUGACAAGGCCACAGGUUACCACUACCGCUGCAUUACCUGCGAGGGCUGCAAGGGUUUCUUCCGUAGGACCAUUCAAAAGAACCUCCACCCCUCCUACUCCUGUAAGUACGAUGGCUGCUGCAUCAUCGACAAGAUUACACGCAACCAGUGUCAGCUCUGCCGCUUCAAGAAGUGCAUUGCAGUGGGCAUGGCCAUGGACUUGGUGCUGGAUGACUCAAAGCGGGUGGCUAAACGGCGCCUGAUCGAGGAGAACAGGGAGCGACGCAAGAAGGAGGAAAUGGUCAAAACUCUCCAGAACCGUCCAGAACCCACCGGGGACGAGUGGGAGCUGAUCCACCUGGUGACGGAAGCCCACCGACACACCAAUGCUCAGGGCACACAGUGGAAACAGAAGCGCAAAUUCCUGCCAGACAAAAUCGGCCAAUCCCCGGUUGCGCCCACGUCAGACGGAGACAAGGUGGACCUGGAGGCCUUCAGCGAGUUCACCAAGAUCAUCACUCCUGCCAUCACCCGUGUCGUCGACUUUGCCAAAAAACUGCCCAUGUUCUCUGAGUUACCUUGUGAAGACCAGAUCAUCCUGUUGAAGGGCUGCUGCAUGGAGAUCAUGUCACUGCGAGCCGCAAUGCGCUACGACCCAGAGAGUGAGACACUGACGCUGAGUGGGGAGAUGGCUGUGAAGCGUGAGCAGCUGAAGAACGGCGGGUUGGGCGUGGUGUCGGACGCCAUCUUCGAUCUGGGCAAGAACCUGGCACAGUUCAACCUGGAUGACACAGAGGUGGCGCUGUUGCAGGCCGUGCUGCUCAUGAGCUCAGACCGUUCUGGCCUGACCUCCAUGGACAAGAUCGAGAAGUGCCAGGAGACCUACCUGCUGGCGUUUGAGCACUACAUCAACUACCGCAAGCACAACAUUCCCCACUUCUGGCCGAAGCUCCUCAUGAAGGUGACAGACCUGCGGAUGAUCGGGGCUUGCCACGCCAGCCGCUUCCUUCACAUGAAGGUGGAGUGUCCCAACGAACUCUUCCCCCCGCUCUUCCUGGAGGUCUUCGAGGACCAGGAAGUGUGAAAUACAUUUGCCACCACGCAAAGGGAUGAGGAAGUUGGGGCAAACCGGGAGAUGGGAAGGGCCAUCAUUCUUAUAGGGGAAGGAUGGAGGGAGAGUCCUCUUGUCAGGAAUCUGCAUUUCUCCGACAUCACAUUUACAGUAUGUGGUUUAAAAACUGGAACCAACAAUAACAGAAACAACACACCAGCAACAGGAGAGUCACGCAAACUGAGGAUUUUGUUUUUUAAACACCCUCUCCUCCACCUUUUUCUCCUCCUUUUCCUUACCCCUGUUUUAAAAUCCGUGUGGGGGCCCUUCUGUCUGAGCAUGAUGUCUUAUCUAGUAAGAGUUGUAGCCAUUUGCCAAGACACAUACACAGAUACACACAACACACAACACACACACCGACACAGCCACAGCCUGUUCCACCUCAGUUCCUCAGAGCAGCGCUCUUUGCAGGGGUCCGUUCCCCCUCUCUGGUUCUUUUUAGCGGUCACAGAUCUACACGUUUUGAAGCCCAUGCUUCCAGCUUUCAUGCUGGCCAGCACCUCUCAGUAUUAUUUUUGAAUAACUGUUAAGGCAGUAAUUUAGAAAAUAUGGACAUUAGUGACAUAUUAUUGCUCACAUUCAUGCAAACACACAAUCAGCGAACACUGCACAGUGAAAUUCAGCAGAUGCUUUAAGCAUUACUCUGGUAUAUAAUAGCUGUAGUAAAGCAGAGAUACCAGACCUAGCUCAUUAUCAAUUCCUCAACUCAAUCUGAGCCGUUACAGCAUUUUUUGGAGCUUCUUCUUCUUAGAUCCCAGUGAAACCGGUGCUAUAUUUAUAUAAGGCUACUCCAGUUUUAUGAAAUUGUGUUGUCUACCUUUGAAAAAUGUGCAGACCAUGGCUCCAUAUCUACCUUCAUUUGUGUCAUUGGACCGGCUCCUGUGACAUACACACACACGCACACAGACACACAUAUGAGCAGAUUUGCCUAGUCAUUGCCCGUACUGCUUGUGCCAGCAGCUACCGUCUUAUGAAUGACAAUUAAGCCCUUCUCUCUGAGGAGUUACUGCAUUGAAGGAAAGAAUGAAAGAAAGGAGGAGAGGAGGAAGAGAGUUACUUAGAAGCGAAGAGAAGGGAGGAGCGAGGAGAGAGAGAGAGGAAGCAAGAUUUAAUAGGUGGACUGUAGAUUCAGAGCCAGGGGUCAGAAGUAAAUCUCCCACAGGCAGCCUCUGAGGAGGUUUUGAAUAGCAGCAACCACCAGCAAGACAGCAAAGCUCAUCUUAGACACACACACACACACACACACACACACUUUCUCUCUCUCUCUCCCUCCCUCCCUCCCUCCCUCCCUCCCUCUCUCUCUCUCGCUCUCUCUCUCUCUCUCAGCCUCUCUCUAUCUCUCUCUCCCUUACACACACACACACACACACACAAACAUGAAAACACACAUCACCUCAAAGUAACGUGAAUGCCUCAUUUUACUGUAUGCACUGUGCGGCAGUGUUGAUAUACAGCCCUAACCUGCAGGGUUUGUACAGAGUCCUCUCCUCACGGACUCAGCUCAGUGUGGCCCCUCCAGGCUUCCAUACACAUUUGCCUUUUUUUUACCAUGGGCGUCACUGAGAGCAGGCAAAUGCCAAGAAGGCUACCAUUUACCUCAAAGUGGACACACCCCCAGGCUGGGGCAGCAAUACUGCCCCUGUGGUGUCAGGCACUACCUCACCUCUGUGGACACAGGGCAGCUGCCCACAGCCUACACACAGACAUACACCAUUCAAGUUGGCGCAUGUGUAGAUUAACACACAAGUGUGCAUACUUUUUUGUAGGUGCACACUUGGAUAGACAAAACACUCACAGCACACACACACACACUCUCAGUGCUAUCACUUGGUUGAAAUGAAAUACCACUGAAGACAGGAGGGCCAGCCAUCCCCCUGGAAGGUCGUACCGACUCCAGGGAAUGGUACCCAUUACAUUCGGGUUAUCUCUUUUUGUUAUAUGGGACCAAGUGUCAUCUUUUGAGAUUUGGAUUUACCUUCUUUCUGUCAAAACAGAAAUCGACUCACUGAAGUGACGAAGGACUGUGUGGAUGUGCAGCACAGCUGACACCCAUCUACGAAAGUAGCAAGAGGAUAGAUAACGGAGAGUAACUGAAAACCCGUGGUGGCCACAUCCAUUGAAUUAGCAUGCACAGAAAGGGCAUCUUCUUUCUGCAUCAUGGCAAUCUUCCACAGUACACUUAUGAUGCCUGCCAUUGGAUCUUGAUCAUAGAAAUAAGCUUUUGUGUCAUGCAUGGACAGUGCAUUAGACGUAAAGAGGUGGAAUGUUCUCAAACAAAAUAAAGAGGCAACUCAAAAGCUAUUUUAGUGUCCUGCACUUUACCAAUGCUCACCACUAUAACAGUAAUAUCUCACUGCAGAUGUCCAUGGCAGAUAUCAUAGCGUACUAGCCAAAUGACCAUUCAAGAAUGUUGAUUUGAUUAUAAAAGCCCACUCUGUUCAUUCCAAUUCUGGGGCCGAGCCAAGUUUAACUGGGUUUACCACUCUUACAGGAAGAGAAUGGAAGAGAGACUAAGAAAAUCUGUUUUAUAUUCGGAGCCAACCAGUAGUUCAUACUGGGCACUUGUACAGGAUGGGUAAUCUGCACCCCUCAGAAGUACCUAAGCAAAGUAACUUGUGGCAGGAAUCAUGGGUAAUCGUCACAGAUGGUCAUGCCUCACUUCUUCAAUGUCUGGAGCAAUGCUAGGAAGAGGGAGAACAGAGGACCUGGAAUGCCACCUUUGGGCACAAUGGGGGAGUCUGGUCCCAGAAGAACCCCCUCCACAGGCAUCAUUACCACUUUCUGAGAAACAUCACCUACUCUGCCCUGUCCUUCUCUAGCCCCUGACAGUUCCCCCUUUAGGAGCCUAGGUCUGACAGACCAUUAUAUUAGCCCCCACCCAGCCAGGCUGGUGUUGGAGUGGAGUUUUUGCACUACUGCAGCAGUCCUCACUUCGGUCCACUACUCAUCAAAGUUUAAUCUACACCUGUUGUUGGAUUACCAAUUAGUUUCCCUUCUGCUCUGUGUAAAACAGGUCAGUUUUGGAGUUUUGGCUGCUCUGUGUAACAGAGGCUGGCAGUCGCAGUGGGCUCAGUCCCAAACCUGUCCCGUUGUCAGUAUUAGACCAACAGCACAUGACCCUCAGCCCUCAAUCGACCCAACCAGGGGUGGAGAGAGAUACCUGCAAAGGAGGGGCUGUGUAGCACUUACUCAUUCUCCCUGUAGUACAAAUUUUCCAUCAUCCUUCCUAUUGCAGUGUCAGCCCAGUGACGUUUCAAAUUCAGAGCCCUCCUUCAAACAGCCUCCCUUCCAUCAUCAUCCUCUCUCCCCCUCUCCUCUUCCCUAGGAACACUACCUAUCGUUCCCACUCACUGUGGAGUAAGAUUCCCCCAGUUUGGCCCAGAAUCAAUGACAAAUCAAAUGGGAUCCAGGCCUCUGCCUUGUGAGACAAGGCUGGCCAUAACUGCCCUUUAGAGUGGCGUCACCGGAUGAAUGUGAACUGCAGAGCAUCAGCGAUGGGAACGAGAGACUUGAACGCGAGAAUGUGAAGAUGUGAGAGAAGAAGAAAGCAUGGGACAGGAAACAAAAAGCUGAGGGCCUCAACCCUCACUGCCAUCAUUGACAUGGGUGAGAGAGGGUGAUAUGGCCGGUUGUACAGACAGAUGUUAACAAACACUCGGAGGAAGGGGAGAUGGCGAUGUAGGAAUAUGUACGGUCUCCCCUUCAGUCCCCAACUAAAACAACCCCAUAUGAGUCCCCACUCCCAUGCCAGCUGACAACCCCAAAUGUCUCCCUUCAGCUCCCUCCAAAAGGAUAACCUCCAACUUUCAUAUGGUGAGGAUCGGAAAGGGAUCCCACAUUCCAGAGAUGCAGGUUUGGAAUUCCAACACAUCUUUGUAAAAGAACUGAAAAAGAGAAAAAAAAAACCUAUUGAUGUCCUUUGUUCUCGUGAGCUGACUGGGUAUGUGUGUGUGACAGAAGGGGUUAUAAUGCUGCUUUACCUUCUGAGUCUGAUUUAGAUUAAGAAAAAAAAGAUAUAUGAAAUGAUUAUAAAUCCAUAAAACAAAAAUGAAAAGAGAUGACUUUUUAAAAAAAAGACUCCUGAACAAAAUGAUUGGAGAUUUUUUUCAUUUUAUCAUUGUUUUCUUAUUUUUCUGUUUGUUUUUUGACGCUUAAACUGCUCUGUGUAAAAAUGGAAAAAAAACAAACAGCUGUAGUCACUUUUUGACCAUGCGUGCAGUGUAACAUAGAAAAUAUUUCACUUCUUUUUCACAUCUAUAGUUUGUGUUGAUAAGCCAACUGAUCUGUUUGUCUGUGUGUCUGUCCAGCUGUCCGUCCCCUUUUAUCAGGAGGAAUUUACAACCAACAAAACAGGAAUUUCUUUUUUAUAUUUUGUUUCUUUUUUAUGAAAUACAACUUUGGAGAAAAAAAAAUACCUAAACAGGAAAAAUAAUGCAACAUAAACUGAAAAUACAAAAAAAAAAAAAAAACUGAAACAAUCUUGUCAUACCUCACACAACACAAAACUCAAAGGAACUUGGGAGGAGUCAUAUUUUGCAGGCACAUGUGAAAGUUCAGAUGCAUAUAUAGAUUAAAAAAAAAUGUAUAUGUUAAGAUAAUAUGUGCUUGUGUGUACGCAUCAGUAGAAGUUACAAAAGGACUCUUCCCUCAAGCUUUUGUGCUCUCUAUCUUAUUGAUUUGGUUAUCGGGUGACGGGAGAUGCAACACAAACGUGAGAAAAUGUUGUGAGACGUUAGAGAUCAUCUGCUAAUGUGAGCACUUCUCCAACUUAAAGGCACAGUCUAUAGACAGUAAACUCAAAAUGUGAAUGGCCCAGAGACUGAGGGAUUAUGACUUUUGUAAUGGCUGAGUGUUUUAUGGUAUUGAAUGUAGCUGACAGGAGGGGGCUGGACCUGAGCCCGGCACCCACAACCUAACUUCCACACACCAGCAGAAAGGAUAGUGGUGUCACAUAGACGUUACAAACAACCAACAAAACUGAGAAUAUAUUGCCCAUCUGCAAGGUGCAAUACUAUGUUAUGUAUUAUUGUAUGUUUUUCUGUUUUGAUUUUAUUUUUAUUUCAUUUACAUUUUAUUUUGGCCAUAACCAAGGAUGUAAAUACAAAAACGUACAACACUCAAGAUUUAUUGCAACAAAGUUAACCGCUCCAUCCCACUGUCAUGUAAGAGAAAAAAAAAAAACAAAUUAAUGUGUAAUUACAUUUGUAUGUGUGCACUCUCUCUCACAUGUGCAUGCUGAUCCAUAUUCAGAAGUGCCCCGUGACAUUAAUCAUAAACCCUGUGCCUCUUCUUGUUUGCAAAGAGAUAGAUUCGUACACCUCCAUAUUCUCACAACAUCAUGAGAUGCCACACAUGAAUGCCUAUAGUGUGUGUGUCCAUCUAUGGAAUCAUACUCAGUUAUUCCAAACUGUUGACGUGAGUGUUGCCAGCAGCCACAUUGGCUAAAGGUCAGGAGGGCUGUGAGCCUGUUUGGUUGGAUAAAGUGGGAGGUGGGAGUGGGAGAUGUAAAUAGAACGUAAGCGAGUUAUUAUUUGGCAUGAAUGUCAGCUAACUUGGCUGCAACACACCCACGUCAUAGUUGGAAAAGUCCAUAAUGGAUUUCCCCCAUUUGUCUGCCAUCCCAUUGCCUCCUAGAAGCCAGCCUAAAAAUCCUGCAGGCUCAGUUGAGAUAAGGUGGUCAUGAUUGAGCAUAAACCUGGACCAGUUAACAACAGGGACCGGUAGAGACCCUGUUUACAUUUGUCAUUUCAAGUGUGAUGUAUGGCGGAUAAAAUCCAGAUGCAAUGUACGAUACUUUCGUUUACACUAAGCCACAUAUGUGCGCCUCCAUUGGCAAGAUCCCAAAAGUUUGGAAACUGAACAGCAGCGUACCUUAAGACACUGUUAUCACAGGGGACAAGCUAUAGAGGUAUAGAUGGCUUCCACAGAUAACAUACUGAUGAAGUUACACUUAAGAGGAGUAAAUUACUUCUGGAUUUACACCUUUUCAACAUCUAGCUAGAAUGCCAGAGCUGGUUUAAGCAAUUAGACUUCAAUCCAUCUCGAAUGCUUCUUGGACACAUUUACACAACUUUUUUUUGUGAUCCAAUAGUUAUCUCACACGCCUAAGACACAUGACGUGUCAGUGAAGUGUAAAUGGAGUCUUAGACGAUGAUGACAAUUUGAACCGAGUACCAGAUUUCUUUUCGGCUCUGUCUUGUUAAAGCUGAAAGUAAUUUUGGUCUUUAAUGACACCCCCAAGUCAAGCAAAUUGCAUCUGCCAGACCACAAUGAGCAAUGUGAGGGUUUCAAGGCUGGCUUUUAUGCGGAUUCCAAGCCCAUCCCUCCUAUAUUAUAAUCCUGGUUUAUUCUCACAUGUUGACACAUUGGACAAGGGUGGAGAUUGUCUGUGAUGUUUUUUUGGUUUUAUGGUUGUGUUUGGUUCCCCCCCCCCCAUGCCAAAUGUAGAGUUUGUGAAGACAUGCAAGUAGCAAGAUGUCUAUGCAAUUUCCCUCCAGCUCCCUUCAAAAGACAGCUCAAUGUUACAACAACGAGCCAGUCAUGCUUCUGAAAUCAAAUUCGGCCUGGCUUGAAUUCCAGAUGUUCUUUGUGGCCUAAAGACCCUUGCCACUUUGUGUGGGCGAGGGUCAGGACUGCCCAGAUGAGCUGGCCUUUAGCCCAGCCUACUGGCUGGUUUCGGUCUCAAAAAACAAGUAGGAGGGGUACUGGGGAUGUUGUGGAGAAUAAGGAUUCUACGAGAUGUGCUGUUUUUUGUAAACUGUUUAGAAAGUGGUGUGUGUGUGUGUGUAUGUAUCUGUGUGUUGUUUGGACAUUUGGGUACUACUAAUGUCUAAUUGAUGCGAUGCUCUCAUUGUUUGGUGGGUUGAUCAUUAAGGCUACAGAGCCUCAAAUUCCAAAAGCCCCUAAAUUCAAACCUUCUGCAAUAUGUGUGUGAAGCAUUAAUUCUUCUAUCCUGCGACCAAGUAAAUGUAACGUUAAAGAGUAUUCCGGGUGGUUGAUGUCAAUCAGUGGGAUGUACGUAGCAUAAGCAAGUUUACUUAACCCAUUACCUCUGCUUUUGUGACGUGAGCAAAAGAUUUGAAAAAUCUCACCCCACUGUAGAUGAACGUCUACAACCUUCCCUGACCAUUAGUUGUACUAGAGCACUUAACUAAAAAGCACUUUGAAUUGCCCAACCCCCGAAUCUUUGGUGGUAAUAAUUGUGACAAAAAAAAGACUAUAAAUUACACCCAAGCCAGUUGCCUUUUCCACAAUUUAAUGUUUUUUAAAUUAGUUUAACCCGAAAAUAAACUGUGUUGCAGCCUUUAGGCAAAGACAAAUGACUAAUUAUAAAGUUUACAAUUAUUUUUAAUGAAGUGCAAUAAGUGAGUGAACCUUUUGUCGUAUUUCUUGUCUCAUCAGAUCUUAUUUGUACAUUUGUGGGAAAAUAAUAAUCUCUUGAUUGCUUUUAAAAUGCGCCCACCCGUGAGAGCAUCCGCUCCAGACACACACGCUCACACGUACACACAUAAACACAGACCACUUUUUGUGAUUGGGUAAAGGAAGCUAUUGAAGGAUUCUCUCAGGUAAAAGAACAUUUUCUAAUAAAUGAUGAUGAACCUUAGAUGAAAAACCAUUGUUAGCUCAUCUUUUUUUUGUCCUCUCAAUUUACAAUCAGCAGUGUACCUUUUUUCUGUUCUGUGUUCCUUCCUGGUCAAGUGUCAUAUUUGAAAAGGUGUAGACGUCCAAGGAUUUGGAUCCUAAGUCUACUUCCGCCACAAAGAAUCAUGCCCCCGUUGCUUUCUUAAUCCUAGAUAAAAACCGAUUUCUUCAUGUGUGGAGGUGGAAGAGUGUUGUGUUUGUCUGUUGGGGAUGUUUGGGAGUUGUGUUUGGCACUGUAUGGAACCCCAUUCCCACCAGGAAAAGUCAAUAUCACCAACCACAAAUUUGCAUCAAGGGGCUUUACAAUCUUAGAGCCUCAUUUCGGAUAAGGAAAAAGGUGACAUUGGCAGAGUUGUUUUAACUGAUCGACACGUCCCUCUAGAAGAGACACCUCAUAUGUGAAUGUGGAACAGUUAGCAAGACGGCCUUAGCGUGUGGGUGGUGAGAGGUUAAGCUUGUAGGCUAGGCUAGCCCCUAAUGCCAAAAUCGUUUUGAAAAUAGAAAAGUAUUUGGACUUACAGAACAGAGUAGAAAAGUAAAGAUAAAGGAGAGUGAUGAGAUUAAAACAGGAAAUUGACGAGGGAGAAAGAGUUGAUCUCAUAGAAAUCCCCAAAUCACAUAAUGUGGGUCACAGGAGGCAGUGUCUCAGCGUUGAAAAUGAAAUGUUAGGAAUGACCCAAAUAAAACAUUCUCAUGGUAAAUUUGAUACUUGUUUCCAAAUUCGACUUAUUACGACAUAAUUUUAACUUAAUGUGUCAAAAUGAUCACAUGCUAUCUCUAUAUUUUAUACUUAAAAAGCCAAACGUUUUACUAUUAUAAUCCCUAACUCUGCAUCUUUUUGUCCCCUGGUGGAAAUGGGCUUCCAUAGUACAAUGAAAACACACAAGAAUGUUUUUGUCUUUUUUUUAUUAUUCAGGUCAGCCUAUUUUUAUUUCAAAAUCCUAAAUUAAUCGCAUUCAAACUUUUCUCAUAAACACGUACCAGAGUGUGCACCCCUUAGUGUCACUAAUAGUCAAGUCUUUGCACUUUCUCCCUUUACGGUCAAAGUGCCAGGAGCAAUAUCCAGCCCUCCCUCACCCAGUUGGCUAAUGGUGUAAAUACAGCAGUACAUGGCUCCCAUCCAAGCCGGGCUCCAUCCACCCUUUGGGGGGCAGAGGAACUGGCUGUGUUCCUCCGUCCACAGGCCUGUUCUAUUUCAGUGGGCUUACUGUUUAACUUUGUGAUGUGCUGAAAGAUUGGCAUGGCUAAAACCAAGGCUGUGCAUGUAUAUAGGUGUGCAUGUGAUUGUCAGUGUCCAUGUUCAUGUGAGAGAACUGUUCUGUGUGUGCAAGUGUGUGAACGCUUUGCUAUAAUGAUGAUGAUGGUCUGUGGUGCUGAUAUCUGAUCAACCUGCUUUGUUUUCCCUCCCGAACCCUCAAAAGCACCUUUUUAGGCCGCGGUACAUGACAGAAGUCUGUAAAACAGAGUCCUGCCAUAGACUUGUAUUAUUUCCUUUGAAGAAUGUAACUAAUAUUGUGUUCAGCAGGCUAACAGAGAGUUAAAAAAGCAGGGGGUCUUGGGAACCAUUUAUAUGUGGGAGUGGUGAGCUUGUAGGAGAUAAAGACUGAAUUGCAAGAGUGGGUAAUAUUUCAAAAGAAAAGCUGCAACGAUUCCCACAAACAGAAGCCAGACUGUUACUCGCAGAACAGAGCAGAUUACUGCCACGGCUACAGUUCAAGGCUUUGCUAUUUUGUUUCUCUUUUCCAAAUGAUGGCCUUAUUGAUUGCUUUUGUAUCCCUCCUCCUCUGUGGUAUUGUUCCACAGCAUGUUUCAUAGGGCACUAGAGGAUUUAUUAUGAAGGCCUGCGUUUAGAAAAUGCAUGCUGCAGUCGAAUCUCUGGUAAAGAGUGAAUUAGUGUGCUGGUUGGUAGCAGUUGAGGACUCCCAAGAGUGAUUUUUAGGUUAUCGCAAUGCACAAUAUUAAAUGACUAAAUCCAAGUAGAGAUCCCCUUUUGGGGAACAUUACCACAACAAAAGAAUUAGUAGAGAAUUUAUCCGCCCAUGAGCUGAACAAUUGCCAAAUCUGCUUACUGGGCAUACCAUCAACACUGUCUUCAUCAAAUCUUUGAAACAUUUAGAUACGUGUUUAGACUGUUUGAUUUUUAAAUUGUGACGGUUAACAUACUGUUUCACACCCAUCCCUCGUGUGUUAAUGGAGUAUAAAUAGAGAGAUGUAUAAAUCAUGAGCUAACACUACACCACCUCACCCCGUCCCUUAUCCGUUGGCACAUGGAGCUCCAUUCACUGCUCUGAACUACAAUCUGGCCACUAGACUUUAUGAAUAGCUUUGAUCGGACACUGUCCUGAUUUGAGACCAUUACCUAGUACACCAAAUCCCGAGACAGAACUAAGAGCACUUAUAGGUGGUAUUGCGAGUUGUUUUGUGCUGCUCAGAAAGGAGAUUUAUAGUCAUGGGGAUAUUUUUGUAAACGGGUGGGAAAUCACAUGCCUAGACAGCUAAGAAUGUAUGCAAAUUUGCUCAUCUAUUUAUAGUUUAUCAAUCAGAGAUAUAGAUCAGAGAUUGGAUAAAUUGUGCGAAUUGUAUGGUAGUUUGAGGAGAUCUAUGAGAAAAAUAUGCAAUGUUUGUCAGGUUGAAAAAAAGGUUUUGAAUUGGUUCAGAACUGCUCAGGUUUGAUAAAGCGGCCUCAAAGGGUGCUUUCCGUCCUCUCUCUACCAUCUGCUCUUGUCUCCCUUGUCCUGUGUUCUUUCAAACAUCCUCCGAGCAUAUACACUCAGCUCUCUUGGCACAUACCGUACAAAAGCCCACUGUUGUAUGCAAAACCAGAGGAAAUGCUCUCUACUCAGCUAACUUUGAAACCUAAAGAAAGGGAUCAAUUUAUGAACCGUUUUCCAGUCUGUAGCAGGUCCAAGCCACUUUAUACAGCACCAGCAAAUCACCUACAAACUCCUCUUUAAGGCUUCAUGUCCACUGGGAACAUCUUUACUGUGCCACCUUUUUGCUCACAUUGUUUACAACUGAAAGGACUCAGUGUUGCAUGUACAGAAAGCUUAGCAUGCUUAAAGUAUGUUCUUCAAAACUUUUAGCAAAAACACACUAUGCUUCAAAGUGGUGUCUUCAACAGCCGAUGAUUCGCUAAAAAGCAGAUACCUGGUGGACGCAACAAGUUCUGUCUUGUAUGCAGCAGUUGGUGCUGGUUGAUGUUUCCAUGUCAGAUUUUAUUUCUAGAUGGGGCUAUGUUGUACAAAUGUCUAUGAACUGUCUAUGUGUCUGUAUUCACUAUUUUACAAUCCACUGUCUUAUUGAGAUGAGAUAUAUGGGAGGCUCAAAAUGAAAAAGAUUUUUUUUACACACCUGUAUAGAAACAAAACAGGUGCAUCGGAGAACAUGAUGGUAAAUCAAGAAAAAGUCAACAGUGAUGUGAGGGCAAAGAAACCUUUAUUUGACCUUUAUUAUUAACAGAGUGCGAGCAUUGACAGUGUGCAGGAGUUUACUUUGUCUUGAUUUAACGUAACGGUGCCAGUUUUAAUGCCUGAACUUUGCAUUUAAACACUUUUAGAUCCAUCGCCAAGUUUGGCCAAUAGAAGCAUAUUGAAGUCAACCUCAGAAUCUGUGGAGGUCUCUCUGGGUUACGUUUUGACUUCUUGUUUCUUUUGAAAUUUUUAUUGUCAGUUUUUCUUGGAUUCUCUCAAGGUUCCUGUUCAGCCUGCUCCAUAUAUUUGUGACUAUGGAAACACAUAUUAUAACUUCAUGACUUCAAACCAGCAGUAGAUGUUUCACAAAACUUACAAAAAAAUAAUAAACAUGCAAAUGAGCUAUAAACCACAAACAACAACAGCUAAUACAACUACUUUUCUUACUUUUGUAUCACUCCUUCAAGAGUUGCUUGCUUCACUGUGACUGCAGAGGCUGCUGGGAAAACUAUGAUGUGUUCUGCAGACACUCAGGGUCUGAUCCUAUCAGGGUCAGGGUUAGCCGGAAGGUGCCAAAGAGAGGAUUUGAGGUGUUUUUGUUAGUUAUGUUGAAAGCCUAUCAACCUGUUGUCACAGCUCUCCAUGCAAACUAUAAUCAAGGCAAUUACAUUAUCUCUGGAGACAUCUGGGAAUGACAACGUGCAAGAGAUUGAAGCAGAGUUUGUCACUAGACUUCAUUGUAGGUAGCACGGUCCUGCAAGGGCAUCUCCUGAAACCCGGACAUUUCAGCCACUCAGUGCUUAAUAAAAUUAUUUAUGGGAAGAAAGCUAAUCUUCUUAUCUAUGUUCAAAUAAUAAAAAUAGAGAAUUACUUUGACAGAGAAAAAAGGUCUUCUUUUGAAGUCAACACAAACAAUGUAAUAUCGAGUGCUGCCCAGCAGCAGUAAGCUCAGUGCUGCCACUGGUCACAGAAUGCAUGUAAAGGAGAAUACUGUUUAAUGCAGUAGUAUUGCUUUAAUAGUUCCUCUGGCCACCAGCAGCAGCACUGUGCCAUCUUUGGUUUUACAUGCUUUGUAUUGAAUGUGGAUGUAGACAGAGAACUGAAUACAGUGCCACUGGCAGUAUUGCAAUGAAAAAUCCCCCACAGCCCAACAAGCAUUUCCCCCCAUACAAUUAAUACUCGUUGUAUUAUGUUUUUUUCUUAUAAAGCUUUCCAGAAAGGGUGUGACAUCCCCAGGGGGCCAACUUAAAAUUUUUGUUACUUUGCACUUACCAAACGCCAUUUUAUUAACCACCUUUUAAGUCACUGAGAUGAUUGCUUGCCAUUCGGAGAGGUUGUAUUUUAAACAUUCUUCCUGUACUGAAUUUUGUGAGCCAGUGAGUGACUACAAUGUCUAGGUUUGUACAUAUCGUGGUCCGAGAUCAGGACAUGCUAAAUGGAGAUUUCUAGAGAGCAUAAGAAGCCAAAGGGAAUACAAAUCCAGAUGGGAAUCUGUAGUAAAAUAAGUCAUUGUGCUUGCACUGUAUAACAGAGUUUGCAGGUACAUCCUAGGCUGAAGUCUCCUGCAGUGAACAGAGGACACAGUACACAGGGAAACACAUGGCCAUUCACUGUACUAAGUGUAGAGCUCUAUCCAAAGGUGCCAGAUAGUUAUAUAUUUUCAGGGUAAUACAAAGAGUAGUUUAAAGUAUUUAAAAGUGUAUUCAGUUUACUGACAACGUACAGGAUACUAUUAAUUGCCCUGAUACUACAAACCCCAGCAUCCUGGUAUCUGGUGCAGGUUGAACCAGACAGUAAGAAGUAUCUGAAAAUAUUAUUUUUAUUCUAAUUAUUGUUAUUGUUUAACUCUCAGUUGACGUCACUGUCACAGGCAUGCAAAGCAAAGGAACAAUAUUUAGGAUUCAUUUCCACGAAGCACAGGGGCAAACAAACAUGCAAGGACAUACGAUCAAGCUUUAGGCAGCGCUCUGGGCUAAAUAAAUACACACUGUCUUGUCUUUCAAUAAACACACACAUGCGCAGGAAACCUCCGAAUAUCUACUGUGAUCUCCUCUCACACCACCCACACCUUCAUCACACCGAACCUCUUCUCACCUGGACCUGUCCUCCCUGUGAUUACCCAUUACCCGGUUGUUCCCGAGCACCCACCACCCCCCUCUUUACCUCCUCCCAACAUGAGUCCAGUGGGUGGUGUGAUGUCAGGUUUUUGUGGUGGGCUGCUUUUGACAGGUCCAGACAAUCAGCGUGUUUGUAAAUGUCGAUGUGUGAUUUUCAAAUCUUUGUUUAUGGUCAGGGUUUUAAAGGAAGAUAUUUUUAUGGUAAUUGUCGCUGGUCUAUUUUACUAUAUAUUUAUGUAAUAAAUAUGUGACUAAAUUUACAUCUCACUGGCUCUUUUUGGCUCUCAGUUCUCCAGCCAACUACAUCAUGUGCUGGAGGGUUUUCAUUAAUGGACUAAUAAAUUAAACCCACAAAAACC